UGGUGGAAAGACGAUUGUACUGAGCGCGCGAAUGCACCCACCUCUCUUUCCUAGUCCGCAGUUAGCCUUUAGCUUAGCGUUGUUCAGUCCUUUAAACAGGUCUGCUGGCACAAUACAACAGCACCGGAGACAAGGCUGUUUGAUGCCGUGUAUCAAUUAACUUCUACUCUCUGUGGUCAAACAGCAACAUAAGAUACCUCCAAUGGCGGACAAGGAAGCUGGUACAUUUGAUGAUGCAGUGGAGGAGAGAGUGAUUAAUGAGGAGUACAAGAUCUGGAAGAAAAACACCCCCUUCCUCUAUGACCUGGUCAUGACCCACGCUUUAGAGUGGCCCAGCCUCACUGCUCAGUGGCUGCCUGAUGUCUCCAGGCCAGAGGGCAAGGAUUACACCGUGCACCGGCUGGUGCUUGGCACUCACACCUCUGAUGAGCAGAAUCACCUGGUCAUUGCCAGCGUUCAGCUGCCCAAUGAUGAUGCCCAGGUUGACACCACACAUUACGACAGUGAAAAAGGAGAGUUCGGAGGCUUUGGCUCAGUGAGUGGCAAGAUCGAGAUAGAAAUCAAGAUUAACCACGAAGGAGAGGUUAACCGUGCCCGCUACAUGCCACAGAAUCCCUGCAUCAUCGCCACCAAGACCCCCACCUCAGACGUGCUUGUGUUUGACUAUACUAAGCAUCCCUCCAAGCCAGAUGCUUCUGGAGAGUGCCACCCUGAUCUGCGUCUCAGAGGUCAUCAGAAAGAGGGCUAUGGUCUCUCCUGGAAUUCAAAUCUGUCUGGCUGUCUCCUUAGUGCAUCAGAUGACCAUACGAUCUGUCUGUGGGACAUAAGUGCUGUGCCAAAGGAGCGGAAGACCGUUGAUGCGAAGACAAUCUUCACUGGACAUACUGCUGUGGUGGAAGACGUCUCUUGGCACUUGCUUCAUGAGUCACUCUUUGGAUCUGUAGCAGAUGACCAGAGGCUCAUGAUCUGGGACACUCGUUCAAAUAACACCUCCAAACCCAGCCAUGCAGUGGAUGCCCACACUGCAGAGGUUAACUGUUUGUCAUUUAACCCGUACAGCGAGUUCAUUCUUGCCACUGGCUCUGCAGAUAAGACUGUGGCUCUUUGGGAUUUGAGAAACCUGAAACUUAAGCUGCAUUCCUUUGAGUCACACAAGGAUGAGAUCUUCCAGGUUCAGUGGUCACCACAUAAUGAGACCAUAUUGGCAUCCAGUGGAACGGAUCGUCGCCUCAAUGUCUGGGAUCUCAGUAAAAUCGGAGAGGAGCAGACCCCAGAAGAUGCAGAGGAUGGUCCACCUGAGCUACUUUUUAUCCACGGAGGCCACACAGCCAAGAUCUCUGACUUCUCCUGGAACCCCAAUGAGCCCUGGGUCAUUUGUUCUGUGUCUGAGGACAACAUUAUGCAAGUCUGGCAAAUGGCUGAGAACAUUUACAACGAUGAAGAUCCUGAGGGUGGAACAGACCCUGAAGCCUCAGCGUAACACCCCUGCCUGUUUUGUGUAAUAACUGAAUAACCUCAUCACAAACUGCCACCUCAGAAGUUCAGUGCAGCUAUUUCUUCCCAUCCUGCUCUACUUUACCGGUUCACACUGUAUGUCACAAAACACUGUAAAUACAGGAAAGAGAGGAAUCAUGUAGGAAUAUUCAAAGACUUCUCCUUUACUCAGUAAUUUAUUGCCUGAAGAAUCUCAGCCAUGUUUUUUGCACUGCGUAUAAAGUGUAUAUUUUUGUAAUCAAAUUGGCUUUCCCCUGUACUCUGAGAUGUUUUAACCAGUGCUUUUUCAAAAAUAAAUAAUAUGCAUUUCUAUAAUAUAAGGGAGCGAUCAUUAUGACAGCCCAAUACAAAUGCUUACUUACGGUAACUUGCUGUUAGACUUUAAACAGCUCCCUCUAAACAUUUUGACAGUGUUGUAGAGCGUCAUAUUUUAUGUUUGGUUUGGUCACCAUUUCUACACUGUAUCUGAAUGAAAAUAGAAUUUUAGAGUGAAUCUUGUGUUUGAAUUGUCCACUCCAAUUGUCCCACAUCCCCCCACUUUCACCAUUCAUUAAUCAUUUGAGUAAUUGAUUUAAAAAAUGACUAAUCAUUUUUGCAGUUGUGAAAUAAAGUUUUCUAUGUUCAAGAUUUUGCAGUUGUACAGUUAAAUUGUCAGCGUUUCUUAAUAAAAACGUCUCUCAUCA